GCGGAAGAAAAGAGUGCAUACGUGAAUGUGAAAACAAUUCGCGCGUCAGUAUGGAAGAAUUAAAAGAUACCAGCAUACAUAAAAUGGCGUCGAAGCUGAUAAACGCUAUUAAGUCCUUAAAUGAUUACACGGACUUGUUUAAAAACGUGCAGAAAUUGGCGUGCAAUCCAAAUGUGGAUAAAAAUGAUAUGCGACAAAGUCUCGAGGAGGCCAUACGUGAAUCGGGCUUGGAGACGGAAAUACGCAAUUUAAUAUUUCAAUUAAUUCGUACUAAUUUGAAAAUAGAUCGCGUAUUCGAUACGGAGCAAACACAACCUCAGGUCGAUCCUCUGGCUUACUUAAGACGUGCUGGAGCGCAAUGGGAUCGGAGAGUACGUAAAAGCCUUCAUACCAUGUGUGCCGAGUUGAAAGUAUACGCGCAAGGGCAACCCAGAACCUCUUCGGAUCGUGAUGAACUACUUGCUAAAUGGGACGAGUUAAGCAAUUAUGCUAUAGAUCUUGCCUGUUAUCGUCCGGUAUAUGCGCCCAAGGAUUUGUUAGACGUAUUGCUGUCGAUGAAAGGACCUCCCAUUCCGGAAGAACAAGAAGACGACCUCGUACAAAUACCGAAAUGGGAAUUCUCUCACAUACCUUUAAAGGUUAAAAAACUAUGUGACUUGGGAACCCACUACAAUGAUUUGCUGCGGGAAGAAUCUUACUAUUCUGUGUGGGAUCUAAAUAUACAAUGUGAACGUGUCUUGGCCAUGAAACAUGCGACUCUCUGUCAGCAUAUUCUAAAAAAGGGUAAUAUACCAGCUACCUACAGGGGCGCAAUGUGGUCCUAUGUGCUCGGUAGUCACAUAACUGAUUUUGACGUUGAUUAUUGGAAUAAAUUAAAGGGCAAUGUUUUGAGUACCGAUCAUAUCGUGGAUAAACUAGUUUUUAAGGACAUACAACUAACCGCCUCUAAUGACGAUCAAUAUUUUGUCUUCGAAGAUGUUUUGUAUCAGAUAAUGUUAUGUUUUUCACGUGACACGCAAAUUGGUGAAAUGGUCUUAGGCGAAAAUUAUCAUCAGAAACCGAAAACCUAUGAAGCUCCGCCGUCCGGAGUAGUCCCAUUUCAUGGAAUUUGCAUGUUUGCGGCGCCAUUUUGUUACUUGUUCGACUCACCUAUACAUCUGUACUAUUCAUUUCGUGCCUUCUAUGUCCGCUAUUGUCAUCGUCUAACAACUAUUAACACACAUCCGCAAGGUAUUGUCAGCAUUUGUUUGCUAUUUGAGAAACUCUUACAAAGUCACGAGCCUAAGCUAUGGUCGCAUUUCAGGGAAUUGCAGAUACACCCGAUACGUGUGGUAUUCAAAUGGUUAAUGCGAGCUUUUAGUGGUCACCUGCCACCCGAUCAGUUGCUGGUGCUAUGGGAUCUAAUUCUCGGCUUUGAUAGUUUGGAGAUACUUUCGCUUUUUGCCAUCAUCAUCUUAAGCUUCCGUAAAGAAAGUAUUCUGCAAGUAGUUACUUUGGAAAAUAUUGAUGCAAUUUUGGCCGAUCUAUCAUCCAUAAAAGUUAUACCCCUUAUCAAAUUGGCUUUGAGUAGAGAUUAAGUAUGGAUUUCUACAUUGGUAGAAUGUUG